UUAAAUGUCUCUUUGCUAGCAAGACGAGUGCCCAUGAGGUCGUUGACGCUGGUCCUGCUCAGCGUCCAGGCUGCACUCAUCAUGGGAGGCCACACCCAGGCGCAGGGGCCAGCCAAUCAGCACGCAGCAGCACAUCACUCACCCAGGCCUCAUGGCCAAUCCAAGCAGGACUCACACUACGAUGACCUUAUCCCCAACGUUGACCCAAAACUCUUCAACAAGCGCCGUUACCGCUCGCCUCGCGUGAUGUUCAGCGACGUGGUCCCUACAGAAAAUGAUCCGCGAGUCCGGCGGAAGGCCAACGACUUCUUGCAUCGUGGCGAGUACUCGGUGUGCGACAGCGAAGAGCACUGGGUUGGCAACCUGACCCGAGCCACAGACUUAGCGGGCAAUGAAGUCACUGUGCUGCCGCACGUUCGCAUCAACAAUGUUGUGAAGAAGCAGAUGUUCUACGAGACCACGUGCCGAGUGUCGAAGCCUGUCGGGGCCCCCAAGACAGGUCAAGGAGCCAGUGGCGUUAAAGCAGGAACCUCUAGCUGUCGUGGGAUCGACAACAAGCACUGGAACUCUUAUUGCACCAACGUGCACACCUUCGUGCGGGCGCUAACGACCUACAAACACCAGAUUGCCUGGAGGUUCAUCCGAAUCAAUGCCGCUUGCGUGUGCGUCCUCAGCCGCAACUCAUGGAGGCAUUGACUGAAAUAUUAUCUCAGCCAAUCCACUGCAGCCACCUGUCGUAAGCCCCUCCCACCCAUCAAUAAUAACAACAGCCGCACUGCCAACGUCGGUGAUCCGAGACUCCGCCCCUUUUCAGAUCUCUCUAUGACAUCACAACCCAGUCCCCUCCUACCCUACCUCACUCUGUAAAUUAUUGGUCAUUUAAGUUAUGAGGACUGCAUGACAUAUUUAUAUAGUUUAUACGGUCAGAAUAUAAAUAUAAAUAUGAAUAUAUAUCUAUGUGUAUAUACAGUAUACAUAAAGCAAUCUUUUGUUGUGUUUUUGAUGCCCUUAUUUAUUAAACACCUCACUUCAGUA